AUGAAGCUCUGUUGUCCUUCCUUGGCUUUCAAGGUAUCAUCGCGGCAGCCAUUGAAUUGGUCUGCUUCUGUUGACUGUUGCUCAUGGGAAGGCAUAAGUUGCGGCCAAGAUGAUGGUCAUCAACGCGUCGUUGGUCUAUGGCUUCCUGGAAGAGGCUUAACUGGUCUUCUCCCAAGUGACUUGCUUUCCUCCCUCUCUAAUCUCCAGGUCCUUGACUUGAGCUCUAACAACUUCUCUGGCAACAUCCCUGAUCAGAUUUCUAACCUCCCCAACUUAGAGAAAUUAAAUCUCUGUCACAACCAUCUAUCUGGUCGAGUCCCUGGUUCUUUCCAGAGUUUGCUUUUGCUCUCUUCUUUCAGUGUGGCAUACAAUGAUCUUCAGGGCCUUGUACGUACCAUCCGGAGAUUUUUGCUUAUGUAA